AUGCAGCUGGCGCUUGUGCUUUGUUGCUGCCUGUUAGACCCCAGCCGAGCCCUGCAAGCUUUUGGAAAGAAUGAGGACAUGGUGCAGCUGUCUGGUGGGAAGUUUCAAAUGGGAUCCAGUUCCCAGGAGAAUAAAAAUGAAGAAGGGCCAGUCAGAGAGGUGACUGUGAAGCCAUUUGCUAUUGACAAAUACCCCAUCACAAACAGGGAUUUCAGGGAGUUUGUUAGAGAAAAGAAAUACAAAACUGAAGCAGAAGCAUUUGGCUGGAGCUUUGUCUUUGAGGAUUUCGUAUCUGAAGAGCUGAAAAAAAAAGUCACCCAAAAACUGGAGUCCGCGCCUUGGUGGCUGCCUAUAGACAAAGCUUUUUGGCGACAGCCCUCAGGUCCUGGCUCUGGUAUAAAAGACAGGCUGGAUUACCCGGUCUUGCAUGUGAGCUGGAAUGAUGCGCAGGCGUUUUGCAAGUGGAAAGGGAAGAGGCUUCCCACGGAGGAAGAGUGGGAAUUUGCUGCUAGGGGAGGCCUAGAGCAAAGAAUAUAUCCCUGGGGAAAUAAGUUCCAGCCAAACCGUACCAACCUGUGGCAGGGCAGUUUCCCAGGGGUUGACACGGCUGAAGAUGGUUAUCACGGUGUUUCACCAGUGACAGCAUUCUCUCCUCAAAACAACUAUGGGCUCUAUGAUCUGCUAGGAAACACUUGGGAAUGGACGGCCUCAGAAUACGUAGCUCCUGGGCUUGCAGCGAGGCAGCGUGCUCAGAAAAUGCAGGUCUUGAGAGGUGCAUCUUGGAUUGACACUGCAGAUGGAUCUGCGAACCACAAAGCCCGUGUUACUACAAGAAUGGGGAACACACCAGAUUCAGCCUCUGAUAACCUCAGUUUCCGCUGCGCUGCUGACAUACAGAAACACAAAGCAAAGCAAAGUGGGACCAGAACUGAGUUCUGAGGAGUUCACUUGGAAAGACCUGGAGGCAUUUUCUCCUGUGGAGAUGAACAGUAAUUCCAGCAGUCAAACUUUAUUAAACUAGCCAAUUGUAAAAAUUGAAAACAAAUACUUUCAGCUUAAAAGUCCUUUCUUCACU